AUGAACUUCAUGGGCAGAAAGAGCGACGCCAAGCAAGAAGAUGUGGCCAACAUCCCGCCGGAGCUAUCAGACCUGCACUGCUUCACCGAAACAGGCGGCGUCAUCACAACCACAAUGUUCGACAUCCCCGGCUACCGCGUAACCCGCACCCUGGGCGCAGUCUACGGCCUCUCGGUGCGCUCGCGCAACAUCGCCGCGAGCCUGGGCAUGGUGAUCAAGUCGUUUGCGGGCGGGGAGCUGCGGUGGUUCACGACGAUGCUGUAUAACUGCCGCAACGAUGCGCUGGGCAGAGUGGUGAGCGAGUGUAAGCAGAGGGGGGGCAACGCGAUUAUUUGUCUUAGGUUUGAUGCGUCGGAUUUGGGCGGGUUCGCGCAGACUUGCGCGUAUGGGACUGCGUGCGUUGUUGAGAAGGUUGAGGGAGGAGAAGGGGUUGCGCCGCAGCUUGGGGGGAGUUGA